CUUCUUAAAGUAUUUAGGAGUACAUACCAAGGAGAGCCUACUAUUCUAAGAGUUUAUAGCUCCCUCUCAUGUCCGGUGGGUGAGUGACAGUGAGAGGCAGGCAGAGGGUGUUUCUCCAUUGCAUCUGGGCCAGGGACAGCUGACUGGUUGGGAUCUAAUUGCUCUCAAGUGAGGUCAGCAGGAGGCAUUUAUCUAAGAGUGCACGACGACAGUGGAAGAUGCACAGAGUCAGCCUGCCAGAAUCAGGAAGACAUCCAUGGGAAUUGACAAAAGCUCCAAGCUCUUGCUUAGCUGUACUUCAUUACUGGGUUUGGUUUACAACUGAGACGACAGCUUUUCAACUACAGAGUCUUCAAAUUAAAACUCGCUCUCAAAAGGGAACACACAGCUGACAACUCCUGUCAUCACUCAGAGCACAUCAACAUCCUGCAUAACAUUUUCUGAACUGGAUUAUGACGUCUCUUGUCAAACUAUGGUCUCAAGAGGAUGGAGCAGUCAACGCAGAGCGUCAGUGAGGACUAAAGAGAGGCAUCAUCUCAUAAUACUGUCACCCGUCUUCUUCUUCCUACCGCUCUACAGCUUCAGCCAACCCCAACCAGCUUCACAAAGUCUCAUCCACAACCACCCCGUCUCAGCGUCCCGCUAGGAAUCCCUGCUGCAGGAACAGGGACCCGGAGGUCACAACACAAUUGUUAUAAGUCAGGGAUCAGGGGGUCGCUGGGCUGAGGGAUAGCGCACAGAUCUCUAUCUCAAAUUUAAGUAUGUUGUUCAUUGAUCCCCACUGCAUUGUAUUAUAAUGCGCAAAUGGAUGCUGACAUGGAACCUUCAACAUCUGUUCUCGGGACUGUACUUGCAUGCAAUCUUCUUGUUCGGCAGUGUGUGUGUGGUCUACAGUGACUGCACUCCAGAGCAACUUGCCGCCAUCAUGAACUGCUCCAAACACGAGCGCCACACCAGGAACUACGACUACAUGGAGGGAGGUGAUGUGCGCAUCCGACAGCUGUUCAGCCGCACGCAGUGGUUCCUAACAAUUGAUGACUAUGGCAACAUCAACGGGACUCAAGAUCCCACAAACUGCUACAGUAUCCUGGAGAUCAGGACAGUGUCUGAGGGGGGCAUACUGGCCAUCAAAGGUGUGAAGAGUCAGUACUACAUCACUAUGAACAAGGCUGGACAGCUGCAAGGCAAGAGGAUCUACAAUGAAAACUGCAACUUCAAGGAGGUUUUCCUAGAAAACUACUUCAACGCUUACUCCUCUGCAAAGUGGACUAAAAAUGGCAAAGAAAUGUUCAUAGCUCUGUCUCAGAAGGGAAGGCCGAUGCGAGGGAAGAAGACCAGGAGGGAGCAUAUAGCAUCUCACUUCAUCCCUAUGAAGUGCAGGGAGGAAGAGAGGAGGGUAGACUGAAAGAGCAGAGGACUAAUGAGUCGCAAAUUGUGUAUGAUUUCAAUCACAUAUUAUAUAUGUUAACAGACACACGUAAAGUCAUUACCGACAUCACGCUCCACUCUCCUCCAGUUGUAGAUUAGUUAUGUAAUGUUCCAUAAUAUGUUGUGAUUUUCAUAAGAUAAAGCAACAGAUAUCAGAUGGGCACGUUAAAGGUUUCCAAACAUCCUCAAUAAGAUGUUGAAACAAGGAAAUAUUUGAAAUAGCUUCAACUGGUACACAAACUGUAAAGAACCACUAAAGUCGACUCAAUGUUAUUUUGAGUUAAAUAUUAUAUUUCGUUAAAACAACAGUUAAGUGUUUUCUUAUAAAACAGUAAAAUAUAUUACACAGUCAGGACUGUAUCCUUUUCCAAAGAUGAUCUUCACCCAGCCAGAUGAGGAGAUCUGUAUGAUCAACAGAAAGGCCCAGAAUGGAGAUUUGGCUGAAGCAAGCUGGACUUG